CACCCGCCGCAAGUGACAGUUCACGAGUGAAAUUUUUGGAAAUUAUGAAGUAAAAUAUUUUCUAUUUACGGUGUUUAAAUGACAGCAGGAAAAGAAAACAUGGGUGAGCAGCCAAUCUUCACGUGCAAGGCUCACGUGUUCCACAUAGACCCGAAGACCAAGCGCUCGUGGAUGUCGGCCAGCUCGGCCGCCGUCUCGGUGUCCUUCUUCUAUGACUCCUCGCGGAACCUGUACCGCAUCAUCAGCGUCGAAGGCACUAAGGCCGUCAUAAACAGUACCAUAACUGCCAACAUGACGUUCACGAAGACCUCCCAGAAGUUUGGGCAGUGGAGCGACGUGCGAGCCAACACUGUGUAUGGGCUCGGUUUUGCCUCAGAAGCCGAGUUGGGCAAGUUCAUAGAGAAGUUCCAAGAGGUGAAAGAAGCGAUACAGGCGCAGCAAUGCGGUGGGGCUGCCAACAAAGGCGUUGCUAAUGGCAACAGUGGCGCUUGCACGCCAGUCGCCAGUGCCACUGCCAGCCCGCUACUGGCGGCGCGGGCACAGCCCGACGAGCCCUGCGUAUCGCCUGCUCAGCCACCAAAACCGGAGAAUGAUGAGAUGAUGGUACACCAGAGAGCACAUUCUGUUUCAUCGUCAUUGCAGGGGGGAUACGCGACCGUAGGACGAGCACCUCGCCCCGCCCUCCCCUCCACCGACACGCCCCCUACCGACCCCGAGCAACAUCUGCGGUACGAGAACGAUCGCCUCAAACUAGCAUUGGCACAAAGCUCGGCGAAUGCCAAAAAGUGGGAGGUAGAACUCGCAACCCUGAAGAGCAACAAUCUGCGUCUGACGGCAGCCCUGCAGGAGAGCACCGCCAACGUGGACGAGUGGAAACGACAGCUGCAUCAGUACCGCGAAGAGGUGGCGCGCGCCAGGCACUACGCGGGGAAAGGCGCUGAAGCGAAUGAAGUGGAGCAGCUGAGGCAGCGCGUGGCCCAACUUGAAGCAGAGUUGGCCCAGAAGAACGAGGAACUGGCCCAAAUCACCAAGUCCAAGAAGAGCGAACAGGACGCAGAAGCUAAACUAGCUCAGAGCCAGCUGGAGCUCGCGUUAGCAGCUGCGGACGGGCAGCGGCAGGUGCUGCACGCGCUCAACGAGCAGCUGGCCCGCCAGCUGGAGCAGCUGACAACGAUUCACCGCGAGAUAAACACCGCGUUGCAAACAUGAGACUCGGCCUUACCGCCGCCGCCGCCAAUAUACGCGUCCGUGCUCAAAGACCGACGGCCACUACCCCUCCUCCUACAAACUACCACCAAAACACAACCGCAACCGCAACCGGCCGCUUCGCAACCGCAACCGACCGUUACGCAACCGCCGCCGACAACUACGCAACCGCAACCCCCUCGGAGGGGCGAGGAACCGACUUACGUCACGGUGAAGGCGAAGAAAUGAAGAGUGCUAUCGGUAUUUCGCAAGGUGCAUGAGCCUUUUUAAACCGUUAUGUGUUUUAUGUUAAUUGUGGUGGUUUCGGUUGACUUCGCUGUGGUUCUUUGUACCGAUUAUUAUUAUUUGGGUAGAUAAAACUAGUUUUUACGGGUUAA